AUGUGUCCUCUCAACUCUCGCCCGAACCAUAAGCCUUUAAAAAUUGUUCAAUUUUCUGAUAUUCAUUAUGAUGCUUUUGAAGAUCCUCCAACAUUACCUAAACAUUUAGAAAAAGAAAUGAUUGAAAAAGUCAAAUUAGAACAACCUGAUUAUGUGGUCAUUACUGGAGAUUUUGUUCAUGGUGAGGUUCAAGUAUCUGCUCCAAAGUUAUCGCGAGAAGUAUUGAAACCAAUUUCAAAUAUUUUGAAGGAAAUUCAUGCAGACUCUAAAAUGAGAAUGUUUGGAGUUUUGGGAAAUCAUGAUUUACAUGCUGGUCAACGACAAUUGUUAAUUUCUGUACUCGAACGAGAAGGUGGUGUUCGAAUUUUAGAUAACGAUUUUUAUUACAACGAGAAGGAUCAAAUAUUGUUGAUGGGACUCCCUGAUUAUGACAAGGACUAUUUUAAUACUGUUAUGGUUGAACAUCGAAUGAAAAACGCUAACAUUGCACAGUGUGCAACAAGAAUUGUGCUUUCACAUAUUCCUGACAGUGCUGAUUGCUUGUUGUUAAACAAGGACAGUAAGGGUCGAUGUAGAGCCAAUCUUAAUGUUCAAAUCAUACUUUCAGGCCAUACCCAUGGAGGUCAAUUUAGAAUUCCAGGCAUGAGAGAGGGAAUAAUUGCAUACAUGUUUAGAAAUUUGCCAGACUCUUUGAUGAAUUUUUUACUUGCCGCAAUUAGAAUGUCAAACCCAGUUGAACACUGGGAAUGGAGCGGUGGAAUGUUUGAAAAGGAUGCAAACAGUAAUGAAUUACAUAGUCUUAGAGAACCUGUAUUGAAGUUGAGUGAAAACAAGACUUAUGUUAAUGUCAACAGAGGCGUUGGGAGUCAUUUUGGAUUUCGAUUAUUUUGUCAUCCGGAAAUGACAGUUCUUGAAUUGGAAUGA